ACGCGGUGAGCCCCUUUUCGCUCCGUUAGUCCAACAAAGACGACGCGUGAGGUUUUGUUGAAUUUCCUCGCCCGGGCGCUCUUGGAAGCUCCUCCGCUCCGCUCCUCUCCACUCCGCUUCGCUUGUUAGCUGGCAACAAAGACGGGCGCGAGGCUCGCGACACGCACCCGCCCGCUGUCGUCGUCAUUCUCGUGGGAACAUGUGCAAAGUGAGGAUGCUGCGAGCGUUGGUCAACGAGCGGCUGAGCGCGGCCGUGGAAGAAAUCUUUGCCGUGUUGGAAAGAACCAUCGGCGAGUACGAGGAGGAACUUUCUCGAACCAAAGACGAGAAUCUGCGACAGCGACAUCUGCUGGACGCGCUCUUCAAACCUCCCCCGCUCACCACGGCGCCAGGGAUUCCUCCUGGGAUGGAGCCGGAGCCCCCCCGCACCAAAGAGGAGAGCCCCCACGUCGACGAGGACGCGGACGCGAGCCAGCUUCCGCUCACGCGUGUCAUCGUCAAGAGUGAAGACGAGGACGACGACGCGGCCGAGUGGCGCCGCCCCGACGACGGCUUCGCGGCUCCUCGGUCGGACACCCGAGGAGACGGAGACGAGGAGCGCGCCGGCGAGCCGUUGGAGUGCCCUCGACGCGACGAAAGCUUUUCCCGCCCAAAGAACUUGAAAAGGCGCGGCAAGUGCCACGCGGGCGGGGGGAAAGUCUCGGGCUGCGGCGGCAGGUUCUCGCGGAGGGAACAAUCGAUCCGGCGCGGCCACACCCACGCCGUCGACGAGCCCUUCUCGUGCUCGGCGUGCGGCAUGACCUUCCGCUUCCGCUCCACCUACGACAACCACGUCCGAACGCACACGGGCGAGAAGCCCUUCGCCUGCCAGGUGUGCAACGCCCGCUUCGCCGUGCGCUCGUCGCUGCUGCGGCACAUGCGCUCGCACACGGGCGAGAAGCCCUUCUGCUGCUCCGUCUGCGGCAAGCGUUUCCCCAGGAAGACCAGCUUGAAGGAGCACACCCGCAUUCACACGGGCGAGAAGCCCUUCUCGUGCGCCGUGUGCCACGCCCGGUUCCGAUUUCACUCCAAGCUGGCCAACCACAUGCGGACGCACACGGGCGAGAGACCCUUCGCCUGCCCCCGGUGCGGCAAAAGCUUUGCGCAGAAGGAGCACCUGCGCAUCCACGCCGUGACGCACACGGGCGAGAAAGCCUUCUCCUGCCCCGUCUGCGGCCAGAGGUUCUCGGCCAAGAGCAGCCUGGUGACGCACGGCAGGACGCACACGGGGGAGAAACCCUUCGGCUGUCGCCUGUGCCGGCAAACCUUCGCCUACAAGUACCAACUGGACAAACACGCGUGCGCCGGCCCGGACGUGUAGGUGCCGCUUCUGAAGAAUGCGAUUGUGAGAAGCUUUCGUUGAAGGAAAAUAAAAAGCAAGAGUUAAAAA